UUGAAUAACUGAUCGAUGCCCUUAGGCCAUUCCUUACAGAAUUAGCUCUUUGACCAUUGUCUAACACGGAUUGCUUAAAUGUAAGUUUCUAGACAUGGCCACAUGGCAUCCUUCAAAUUGGAAAUGGCAGAGGAUACUAUCAAAUAUGAAGAGGAAUAUGUUUCAAAUAUGCGUGGAAUGAAACUCUUUGCAUGCCAAUGGAGCCCUUUAAAUAAUGAAUCAAAAGCUCUAGUCUUCCUAUGCCAUGGAUAUGCAAUGGAGUGCAGUAUUUCAAUGAGAGGCACAGGCAGGCGCUUGGCAGAGGCUGGAUUUGUGGUGCAUGGGUUGGAUUAUGAGGGCCAUGGAAAGUCCGAUGGUCUUCAAGGCUAUAUUAACAGCUUCAGCGAUGUUGUGUCUGAUUGCUCUAAUUAUUUUACAACUAUUUGCGAGAAAGCAGAGCACAGGAGAAAACAGAGAUUCUUGCUUGGCGAGUCAAUGGGGGGAGCAGUUGUUCUGAUGCUUCACAGGAAGGAACCCACAUAUUGGGAUGGUGCCAUUUUGGUUGCCCCCAUGUGCAAGAUUGUUGAAGAUAUGAAGCCUCGUCCAAUUGUGAUAACAAUAUUAAGCAAGCUAAGCAAUGUGAUUCCUACUUGGCAAAUUAUUCCCAGCGGAGAUGUGAUUGAUAGGGCAAUUAAAAACGAGGAAUGGCGUGCAGAGGUAAGAAACAAUCCUUAUUGCUACAAGGGAAGGCCAAGGCUAAAGACAGGCUAUGAACUUUUUAUGGCAAGUUUGGAUAUCGAAAGCAACCUUGACAAGGUUACGCUGCCAUUCAUCAUAGUCCAUGGUGGUGACGAUGCUGUGACGGAUCCGUCAGUGAGCGAGGCACUUUACACGUUAGCGGAGAGCAAAGACAAGAUGAUGAAGCUGUACCCGGGGAUGUGUCAUGCUCUCACGUCCGGUGAACCCACGGAGAAUAUUGACGUUGUAUUUGCAGAUAUCAUUAGGUGGCUAGAUGAAAGGGCAUCAUCACUGCAAGCUGCAAUUCUAUAAGGCAAUUCUCAAUACAAGUUUUAUAAAGAUUUUAAUCUUAUCAAUAUCGUACCACAUACAUAAAGAUAAUAGUAUAACAUGGAAUUUAUAUGAUGAGGGAGUGAAGUUGGGUUUUGUAGGGAUAAAACUUAGGGUACAUAUUUAACUAGACUAUGAAACUAGAUUGAAACAUCCACCGAGAGAAAUUUGUUUCAU